AUGGCUGCUCAAGGAGAGGGAAAGUCGAGGCCCAUUUUUGCUUUGAGACACGGAAUCGUCAAGCAAUAUCUCGACAAGUUGUAUGUGGAAAAUUCAAUGUUCAAUUCCAAAAUCUAUUUGGACACUAACAAUGCAGCAAUCACUGAGUUCAGAGAAAGGUGGGUGGCAACAAAUGGCUUGGACAAUCAGUCGAGAGGAGUCAGUCAACUAUCUUCACGUAGCACCAUAUCGGUUCGGGAUGAAUUCCUCAAGCAGAUGGAAAGGAAAACCCUAGAAGAACUGCCUGAUAUACAAGAGAAGAUGAAUUCUUCGGUGAACCGUAAAUCAUAUCCCAUUGAGUUGGAUGAUAUGUUGGAAAAGAAAUGCAUAUUCAAAUUACAACUACCACAGGAAUCCGGCAGCACAAGUUCUACCCAGGUUUACAAAGUUGCGAAGUUGACCGAUGAACGAGACAUUCUGAAGGAGUUCUUCGAGAUUUAUGGCUGCGACCAGGAUGAACAAUCCGAAUCUGCCAUGAAAUCGUGGUUCACUAAUUCAUUAUAUGCAAAGCUUCCACAGGAUUUUGAGUCACAAACAGAUGACAAUACCUUGACUCCUGAUGAAUUGAAGACCACUGCAAGUAGUCCAGCAUCAAAGAAGUUAGCCAUGCGCGAUGAACUUCACCCUCCCAGUGUCCAAUCUACAAAUCUCCGCAAAAGAAAACUUUUGAUUGAGGACAAUGAUGAGUCCUAA